AUGUUGUUAGUUUCUGGUAUGCAGAAAAAGAGGAGACCUGUGGUUGACUACAUUGAGAAAGUUCAGAGAACAGUGACCCCUUACAUGAGAGCAGAUUUGGUCGACUGGUUAGUGGAUUUGGCUGUGAGAUACGAUCUUCUCUCCGAUACUCUUCAUCUGUGUGUGUCAUACAUUGAUAAGUAUCUAUCAGUUAAACCUGUGAUCCAGUCAAAUCUUAUGUUGCUAGGUGUUUCGUCCAUGUUCAUUGCUUCGAAGUACGAGGAAAUUGAUCCACCCAGUUUGAAAGAUUUUUGCGACAUCACUGAUAACAUUUGUGAUCAGACAGAGGUUGUAAAGAUGGAAGCUAAAAUACUCAAGUCCCUAAAUUUUGAAAUGGGCAACCCUACUGCCAUCACUUUUCUGAGGGUUUUUCUUGGUUCUGUUUCUGAGAAGCAAAAAACUCCAAAUUUGAAGAUUGAAUUUCUAGCUAGCUAUUUUGCUGAGCUAAGUUUGUUGGAUUAUGAUUGUAUAAGAUUCUUGCCCUCUAUUGUGGCUGCAUCUGCAAUAUUUCUUGCCAGAUUUAUCAUCGAGCCUGAAGUGCAUCCUUGGACUUCUUCGUUGUGUGAAUGUUCGGGUUACAAACCAGUUGAGUUGAAAGAGUGUGUCCUCAUCUUGCAUAACUUGUAUUUGUCAAGAAAGGCAGAGUCAUUCCAAGCUGUUAAGAAGAAAUACAAGCAGCACAAGUUCAAAUUCGUGGCAAAUCUGCCUUCCCCUCCACACGUACCAAGUUACUACUUUGAAGAUCACUCACAUAUUGAUGAGGGAAAACUUAACCCGAAGCCUGAUGAGAUCAGCAAACCUUCUGCACAAUCUACAAUGAUUCCAUGA